AAGUUCCAGUUUUCACAAAAAGAACAACCACAUUCCCUAUUUAGACACAUUAGUACGCAUGUCCGAUAUCAAACAUAACUUUUCAACACGUGGUGACUAAAUUGUCAGUGUAACUGCUGUUUUGUAUAUCCCACAUGUGAUUGCUGUGAAAUUUUAAUUAGGAAUACACUGCUGAAUAAGCCAAUAUAACAAAGCAAACAGGUAAUUGGCUUUUUAAUCUUUUCAAUGUGUAUUUAUUUAUUAUAAUUAGCUUUCAUCAAUGCAAGGUACUUUUAAGCAUUUCAAACAUGACAAGAUAUGCAAGAGCUAAAGGAUCCAAAGCUUCCAACGAAAGAGCACCAAAUGAUGCUACACCAUGGCAUGUAAUGAAACAACAAUUAGUAGAAAAUUUAUCCGUAGCUCAAGAAUGUUCUAAGAAGACUAAAUCUGCAAAAGAAUUGUUGCAUGAAGAGAAAUAUACUUCUAAUGUUGCAAAAAAUAACAAUAGUGAGUGGGCAGAAUUUGAAAGCAAUUGUGAGAGACAAAAUAGUUCAGUAGUAGAGAAGAUUAAGAAGAAACAUAACAAACAACAUUUAAGCACAACAGAAAAUGAUCAUAAUAUGUCUUCAAAGAAAAGUGAUGAAAGUGGUGUUAAAGUUACACAAAAAUUAUUGAAAAGAAGCAUUGAUGUUAAUGAUGAUUGUACGACAGAAGUAAAAAGCAAGAAGUACAAAAAAAUGAAUAGUCAAGAUGAUAAUAUAAAUGAAGUUGAAAAGAAAUUGGACCAAGUUGAUACAAAGGUUGAUGAAACAGACUCAAAUACUAAUAAAUUAAAUAAAAAAAGAAAUAACAAUAAAUAUAAUACUACAGAAGAAUCUACUAAAAUGCUAGUUGAAAGCAAUGACAAUUCACAAAUAAAAGAUAAUGAAACAAACCAUACACCUGAUUUGAAAAACAAAAUUCAAGGUGUUUUAUCUAAACGUCAAAAACGCAAUUUGAAAAAAAGGCAGAAUAUAGCAUCUGAAGCAGGAGCUGAUACUAACUCUGAAAAUUUUAGUAACAGUAAUGAUAGGAAUUAUAGUACAGAAAACAAUCAGACAAAAAGAUUUAAUAACGGAUUUGCAACUCAGUCAAUGAAUUUUAGAAAUGUUCCACACCAGUUUGGUAAGAAAACUUUUCAAAAUAAUAAACGCAAACAGAAACCCCCUAAAAUACGGGAUGACAAAGAACAUAAAAGAAGAAAACCAGACGUAGGUUAUUCAAAAAUGGUGAUCAAUGGUGUUGAAGUAGAAAUUGUAAAAUUUGACGGUUUCCCAGUUAAAAAGGAAGAUGCAGAUAGAUUACAUGAGUUGAAACAAAAAAUGAUUAUGAAAGGAAUUCCUGAGAAGGAUAUAAAUGCAGCCAUGAAAUUGGAAAGAAGGAAAGCUGAAAAAGCAUUAGCAAGAAUUAAAAAAUGCGUUUGCUUUCAUUGUCGUAAAUCAGGACAUAAUUUAUCUGAUUGCCCUGAACUUCAAUCUGAACAAGCGGGUACUGGAAUUUGUUUUAAAUGUGGAUCAACAGAACAUACACAUUUUGAAUGUAAAGUAGCUAAACCAACAGAAUUUAGAUAUGCAACAUGUUUCAUUUGCCGUGAACAAGGACAUAUUGCUAAACAGUGUCCUGAUAACCCUAAAGGAGUAUAUCCUCAGGGGGGUUGUUGUAAAAUCUGUGGAGAUGUUACACAUCUGAAGAAAGAUUGCCCAGAUUUAAUCAAGGAAAAGGAGGAAAAUACUAUUACAGUGAACACAAUUGCAAAUACUGAUAUAGAAUCCUUGGAAAAUAGUAAAAUUGUUCCAAAUGAAAAAGAUGAUAAAUCUAAAAAAAUAGUAAAAUUUUAACGAAAUAGAAUACAAUUAAUUGUAACAUAAACAUACAGAUUUCGUACUACAUAGAAUGUUUAUUGUAUACAUUUUAAUGAACUAAAUAUUUGCAAUGUAAACAUAAAAUUUAUUGAAAGGUACAUGUAUUUGACAUGUAUAUACAUAUACAUAUUUUUCAUACAUAUAUUUUAAUGCUACCUAAACCACUAUGAUGAAAAAUCUGAUAUCAACAAAGACGUAAUGAAUAUUUCCAUAAUCGAUACAUCGCUUAUUUACAUCAUUCUUGGAUUUAUAAAUCAGUACUUUUUACAUAUUAGUUAUACAAUGACACUGCAAAAUUAUAUACUCGUUUAAAUAAAUUUUUCUAAAUUAAAGAAAUAAAUUAAAGUCUGUGAUAUCAGAUUUUUUCUAUGUACAGAGCGCGAAUCAUGAAAACAUAUUUAGAUAUAUGAAUAUUAUCUGUACAUAGUAAUAGCUCCUUAUACAUAUACGUUGGUAUAGUUUGAAAAACUUUUCAUAUUAAUUUAAAAUUCAUAGUUUUUUUGUAUCUGCCUUGUCAUAUAAAUGACACAUAACAAGUAAAAACGUACAAUUAAUUUUUUUUACUAUCAUAAGUUUUUUUAAAUAUUCAAUGUUGGUAUAUUACCACAAAAUUAUAUGUUCAAUUCGUACAAUUUUCAUUUGAUUAUUACAAUAUGAAUCAAUAAUCUGUACAAUUUGUAUACUUAAAAUAAACAUUGUCCUUUGAAGUACGAAUUUUAUGAAUAUAUAAUAUAUAUUUAUAUUUGUAUCUAUAUUACAUUUGUCCUUAUACUGUACUAUGUAUAAUAUAUAAAUUCUCUAUACUUUAUAUUAAUUUUCUACAUAAAAGUUAUACUUUUAUCACUUCUAAUGGCAGACAAAUAAUGUUACUACUGCAAUGAUGAUUAAUUCUGUGCAUAAUGAAAAGUAUGCAUCUGUGCUUUUUAAAUCUUAAACUGUUACAUUAGACAAUUACAUUAUUGAUAUUUCAUUCACCGCAAUCCCAUUUGCCGUAUCACUAGUUAUUUCAAAAAUGCUUGAUAUUGAGAACUGAAUAUGUAGCAUUUCGAAGUUCAUAAUCAUAAUUAAAUUAAAAAAAUAAAUGUAAUGUAUUGCAACGUAUAUUAAAAGACUGUGAUGUUAUAGAAA